GAUCAGUAAGCAGAAAAUUCUUAAAAAAUCUUGAGAUGCCGAUAUCUCGGAAACCACUCAUUUUCGACCCCCAAUUGAUGGGAAUUAAUUUAUCACAAAUAACCUGUAGAAUCACCACUUUCAGAGAAGAGGUCGAAUUUCCAGUAUAUCGGUGUACUUUUCAACACAACAUAUCAUCGAGUUUCAGAGGAUAAUGUUAUUAUGAGCAUAUCUGCCAUAUAAUAACUUUAGGCAUGUGUAAAUACUCACUUGGCAGCUUUUAUUGUAAACAAAAUGAAAGUCAUGAAAUACUAAGGUUUCUU